AGUUUCGCCAUGUCGAGCGGCGGCCGGAAGCAGCAGCAGCAGGCGGAGAAGCCGGCGGCGGCGGAGGACAUGGAGAUCAAGAAGGUCUUCUCCCGCUUCGACACGGACGGCGACGGCCGGAUCUCGCCGUCGGAGCUGGCCGCCGUGUCCCGGGCCAUCGCGCCGCCGGCCACCGAGUCCGCGCAGGGCCGCGAGGUGGCGUCCAUGAUGGACGAGCUCGACACCGACCGCGACGGCUACGUCGACCUGGGCGAGUUCGCCGCCUUCCACGGCCGCGGCCGCGGGGAGCGCGAGCUGGACGCCGAGCUGCGCGACGCCUUCGACAUCUACGACAUCAACGGCGACGGCCGCAUCUCCGUCGCCGAGCUCAGCAAGGUCCUCAGCCGCAUCGGCGAGGGAUGCAGCACCGAGGACUGCGAGAAGAUGAUCGCCUCCGUCGACGUCGACGGCGACGGCUGCGUCGG